AUGGUGGCUGAGGUUUCUUCAAUACCCGCUGCCUCCGCUGUGAAGAAGCCAUUUGGUCUCAGGAGCAAGAUGGGCAAGUGGUGCCACCACUGCUUCCCCUGCUGCAGGGGGAGUGGCAAGAGCAACGUGGGUGCUUCUGGAGACCAGGACGACUCCGCUAUGAAGCCACUUAGGAGCAAGAUGGCCAGGUGGUGCCACUGCUUCUGCUGCUGCAGGGGGAGUGGCGAGAGCAAUGUGGGCCCCUCUGGAGACCAGGACGACUCCGCUAUGAAGACGCACAGGGGGCGCGGGGAGAGCAACGUGGAAGCUUGGGAAGACUACGACAGCGCCUUCACGGAGCCCAGGUACCACGUCCGUGGAGAAGAUCUGGACAAGCUCCACAGAGCUGCAUGGUGGGGUAAAGUCCCCAGAAAGGAUCUCAUCGUCAUGCUCAGGGACACUGACGUGAACAAGACGGACAAGCAAAAGAGGACUGCUCUACAUCUGGCCUCUGCCAAUGGGAAUUCAGAAAUAGUAAAACUCCUGCUGGACAGACGAUGUCAACUUAAUGUCCUUGACAACAAAAAGAGGACAGCUCUGAUCAAGGCUGUACAAUGCCAAGAAGAUGAAUGUGCAUUAAUGUUGCUAGAACAUGGCACUGAUCCAAAUAUUCCAGAUGAGUAUGGAAAUACUGCUCUACACUAUGCUAUCUACAAUGAAGAUAAAUUAAUGGCGAAAGCACUGCUCUUAUAUGGUGCUGAUAUUGAAUCAAAAAACAAGCAUGGCCUCACACCACUUUUGCUUGGCGUACAUGGACAAAAACAGCAAGUGGUGAAAUUUUUAAUCAAGAAAAAAGCUAAUUUAAAUGCACGUGACAGAUGUGGAAGAAAUGCUCUCAUACUUGCUGUACGUUGUGGAUCAGCAAGUGUAGUCAGCCUUCUACUUGAGCAAAAUAUUGACGUAUCUUCCAAAGAUCUAUCUGGACAGACGGCCAGAGAGUAUGCGGUUUCUAGUCAUCAUAAUGUAAUUUGCCAAUUACUUUCUGACUACAAAGAAAAACAGAUGCUAAAAAUCUCUUCUGAAAACAGCAAUCCAGAACAAGACUUAAAGCUGACAUCAGAGGAAGAGUCACAAAGGCUUAAAGGCGGUGAAAAUAGCCAGCCAGAGCUAGAAAAUUGUAUGACUAUUGAAUAAGAAAUGAAGAAGCACGGAAGUAAUCAUGUGAGAAUACCAGAAAACCUGACUAAUGAUGCCACUGCUGGCAAUGGUGAUGAUGGAUUAAUUCCACAAAGCAAGAGCAGAACACCGGAAAGUCAGCAAUUUCCUGACACUGAGAAUGAAGAGUAUCACAGGCUCGAGUGCAGUUGUGUGAUCAUGGCUCACUGCAGCCUCAACUUUGUGGGCUCUAGUGAUCCUCUCACCUCAGCCUCUCUACUAGCUGGGACCACAGGUGUGCAACAUCACACCCAGCU